GCAGCCAGGCACGCAGGGACUCUGCCAUGGCACAGGACUACGUGUGGUAUGCAGGCCUUCCUUUCCCUGCCGUGGGUUACAACUCUGAAGUCAUAAAAGCAGCUCAUGAGACGUUGGUGCUGAAGGAUGAGGACAUCCUCACGGUGACCUACCCCAAAUCAGGAACCCACUGGAUGAUUGAGGUUCUCUGUCUGAUUCACACUAAGGGGGAUCCCAAGUGGAUCCGAUCUGAGGUCUUAUUUGACCGCGCCCCUUGGAUCGAGACUGAACGUGGAUACCAAUUAACCAUAGACAGGAAGGAGGGCCCCCGCCUCCUCACCUCUCACCUUCCCAUCCACCUCUUCCCCAAAUCUUUCUUUUCCUCCAAGGCCAAGGUGAUCUAUGUCAUCAGAAAUCCUAAUGAUGUUCUCAUAUCUGGUUAUUAUUUCUGGGGUUUAACAAAGCUGGCUAAGGAAACAGAGUCACUGGAGCAAUAUUUUGAGUGGUUCAUGCAAGGACAUGUGCCAUACGGAUCGUGGUUUGAUCACGUCCGAGGCUGGGUGUCCCUGCGGGAAAAGGAGAACGUGCUGAUCCUCAGUUAUGAGGAGAUGAAAAAGGAACCGAGGAACACGAUAGAGAAGAUCUGCAGUUUUCUGGGGAAGGUACUGGAGCCGGCAGAGCUGGACUUGGUCCUAGAGAACAGUUCCUUCCAGGCGAUGAAGGAGAACAAGAUGUCCAAUCUCAGCCAUAUGCCGGAGGAGCUUAUUCCAGCUGACAUCAAACUCAUCAGGAAAGGUGUUCCGGGGGACUGGAAGAACCACUUCACCCCAGCCCAGACCCAAGCCUUCAAGAAAACCUUCCAGGAGAAGAUGGCGGGACUUCCUGCAGAGCUCUUCCCAUGGGACUAAGCGCAGACUUACUUCUAUGUCUGUGGGGACAAAGA